AUGGAAAAGAAGAGGCAGGAGGAAGAGAAGAGUGCUCAAGAAGAAGAUGGUAUUUUGGACUUAGAGAAACAACAACAAGAAGUUGCUCAACAAGAUGUUUCACAAACGCAACAAACUCAAGACUCACUCUUAGUUACAGAUGAGCUGCAAUCUAAUAUUGUUUUGGAAAAAAUUGAUGAUGGUUUUAGUUCUCCAACUAGAACGGCUAGAAGAUCCUCACCAGUUAGAACUGACGAAGUUCUUGAGACUUCUAAUAUGUUUGAAACUGGUAUUGAAGAUAGUGAAGAUGAAGAAGAAAGCAUUGAAGCUGAUGCAUUGCCUAUUAAAGAAAAGCCGCCAGAUUCUUUGCAAUCUGCUCGCAACGUAGAGACUGAGGCUGAAAAACUGAAAUGGAGUGCCGCUAAAGAUGAGGAAGAUAAACUUAAAAGGGAAUUAGCUGAGAAGAAGAAGUUGAUAAUUUUUCUAAGAAGGGCGCUGUUAAAACCGCGCCAAAAAAGAAAAGCAAACCUGGUGCCAAGCCGGUUGAAGAUGAUGGCCAAGUUGUUAGAAGAGGUCGAAGUCAGACACGCAAAGAAUAUGAUAAGGGUUCAACAAUCUCUUCAAGGAGCAUGGUCUCUUAAAUUGGUUGAUUUUUAUGAAGAUGUUAUUACAAAUGAGGUUAAUGGAGAGAAAGGUAAUAUUUGGAUUUUAUGGAGGAAUACUCUUUUAAGGCCUGAUAUUUUAUCUACUUCAAAGCAAGCAAUUACUGUGGAUUUUACGUGGGAUUUCAUUACGGCCGUUCAUGCUUCCUAUAAUCCGGUGGUAAGAAAUAGACUUUGGCGUCAAUGGGAUUUAGGUUUUAUAUCUAUUCCUUGUUUGGUGUUGGGAGAUUUUAAUUGCGUUUUACGCCUGGAGGAAAAGAAGGGUGGAAGGCCGAUCAAAGAGGUUUAUAUGAAUGAGUUUCGUAGCUGGAUUUCUGACAAUGGUUUGGUUGAGGCUGAUGCUAUUGGUAAAAAAUAUACUUGGUCUAAUUGUAGAAGUGGAGCUCAAAGAAUUGUCUUUAAACAUGAUAGAGCGGUUGUUAAUGAUGCUUGGUGCUAUAAGUAUGCGAACUGGAGAUGCAAGGCCUUGCCUAGAGAUUGUUUUAUGCAGUUGGUUGAAGAGAACUGGAGUUUGGAUCUUAAUGGUGCUCCCCUUUUUGUUUUUACUUCUAAGCUGAAGAGACUAAAGGAGGUGUUGAAGAUUUGGAACAGAACUAUUUUUGGAGAUGUGCAAUUUCGCUUGAAGCAGGCUGAAUUGAAGCUUGAUACUGAGAAUGAUCUUCUUGAUUAUGAUCCGGCCGAUGAAUUUCAAUUCCUAAGGGUUGCAGAUGCCAAAAAGGAUGUUGAUGAUGUGAGAACGGAGUUGGCUAUUAUUCUUAAGAUGAAGUCGAGAGAUGAGAUAAAGGAUUACAUUGUUAACCAUUAUCAGGCCAAGUUCAAUGGUGGUGACGUUCAUAUUGAUCCAGUUUUAUUUGAUAUUGAUCAUGAGAGCAUUUCAGUUACUGAAAGUGCUUAUAUGGAUGCUAUUCCAUUUUUGGAGGAAGUUAGAGUGGCGGUUUUUGACUUGGGAGCUGAUUCUGCGCCUGGCCCAGAUGGCUUCACAGGUUCUUUCUAUAGACAGUGCUGGGACAUUAUUUCUAGAGAUCUCUUUAAUGCAAUUUCAAACUGUUGGCUUGGUACUGUGUUAAAUAAGCUGAUCUCUGAAGAGGAAGUGGCGUUUAUGAAGGGUAGAAAUAUUCAUGAGAUUAUAGCUUUGGCGUCUGAAUUGAUCAAUGAGAUCAAUACGGAAAAGAAGCAUGGAAAUGUUGGCCUCAAACUGGAUAUUGCCCAAGCUUUUGAAACGAAUAUGCUUGUUUUGUAUGAACGUGCGUCUGGUCAGUGCGUAAAUUAUGCAAAGAGCAAGUUUUAUUUUGGAGCUGAUAGAAUUUCUCGUGUUAUUGUUAUUUAUAACUAUUUGGGUAUGGAGAGAGCUAUGUUUCCGGAUAAAUGCUUAGGUAUUCAAUUGAAACCUGGAAUUAUUCGGCAUAUUCACGUUCACAAAGUGGUUGAGAAGAUUAUGGACAAGUUGGCUGGAUGGAAAGGUAAACUUUUAUCAUUUCAAGCGAGGCUUGUGCUAAUUAAGUCGGUGAUUUCUAGUUAUGUUAUUCAUUCUAUGGAUGUUUACAAGUGGACAUGCACGUUUAUUAAGCAAGUUGAGAGGGCCAUUAGAGAUUUUCUUUGGUCCCGGAAUGCUGAGAAACGUAAAUAUUUUAUGGUUCUAUGUGAUGAUCUAUGUCUCUCAAAGAGUGAAGGUGGUCUUGGCAUUAAGAAGUUAAAUGAUAUUAAUAGGGCUAUGCUAAUGAAUCUUUGGAUUUCUAUUCGGGAUUCAAACAAGAUUUGGGCCAGAUUUUUGAAGGCCAAAUACUUUAAGAUCAAUAGCAAUCUGAUAAAUUAUAAGUUGGGUUCUUCGGUUUUUCCUGGAAUUCGCUUGGUUUACAAUUUUGUGCAGAAGCAUACACGCUCAAUUAUAAGUAAUGGUGCUAAUACUUCCCUAUUUUUUGAUAAUUUGCGUGGUGAUUUUUCUAUUGCGCAAAGACUUUGCAUCACUUCCAAAGGACCUAAUGAUUUUAAGGCUAAAGUAAGUGAUAUCAUUUUUGAUGGUGCUUGGGUUAUUCCUGAAAAAACAAGAGAUUUGAUGAUUCGUUGUAAUAUUGAUGUGGACAACUUGACGGUUAUUGCUGGUGGUGAGGAUUAUAAAAUUUGGGAUUUAGAUAACAAAGGCGUUUUUUCAGUUAAGUCGGCUAAGGCCGCCCUUAAGAUGCCGGCAGAAGUUGUGCCUUAUGCAAAUCUGUUUACUAGACAGAUUAUGCACCCUACCUUGAGUGUGCAAUACUGA